GCGCGUAGAAAGUCAUUCCGAUUUAACUAAUGCACAAUAGAAGUGCUUUGGUAGUGAGAAUUCCCUAGGUUGUACCAUCCAUAUUGUAUUCUUAACACUCCUCUUAGCGCAUUGACUGUUUCUAUUUCGAUUUGAGGCAGUUGAUGUGUCUGAUGCAUUCAUGCGGUCUAUGCGCAUGAUUUGUAAUUCGGAACGAGUAACGGACCAGUAACGGACAACAUAACAGUGAACGGACGAAUAUUUGCGAUUUGCAAUGGAACAGUGAUUACAGCAAUUACAUGAAUUCCCGAUCGCGUUAGAGAAUAAAAAUGAAAUAUUAACUUUAUUUUUAAAUGAAGAGGAUAUUGACGAAAGCAAGCCAAGACUCUACGUUUUUGCUAAAUCUUAUUGCAAAGGAACAAAAUAAAAACAGUAAUAACGAGCCAGUAAAAAAACCUAUUACAAUAUAAAAAACCUAUUGAUUUAAUACAUGAUGAAAAUGCUGUUGAUCCAAACAAUGCUGAUCAAUCAAAAACAUUUGUAUGGCCGGACAAAUAGUAUUAUUAUUGUCGAAUUAUAUAGAGAAAGAGAGGAAGAAUUUUCAAAUGGUUUUAAGCACAGCAACAAAAUUUGGGCUGAAAUUGCAGCUCAAAUAAAGGAAAUUAACUCAGCUUAUAACGUCAUGGAUUCAUUAUUUGGCGACAAAGCGUCCAUCAAACCUCCUGCAAUUGCUACAAAUGAAGGUCUAUCAGACCCAAAUGAGGAAGGAUCAUUAUUAUCAACUAUUUCAUCCCUUCAAUCGAAAGAGCCUCCAAAAAAGAGAAGACGCAUUGAAAACAUUAUGGAAGAGUUCUUAGCCAAUAUUAUGACAAAAAAAGAAGAAAGAAAAAAAGAUAUUAAAAAACGGGAAGCAAAUAAAGAAAAGAGGCGCGAAGAAAACAAGAAAGAAAACAAGGAACAAAUGAAAAUGCAGAAGUCAUUAAUAUCAUAAGGAACAAAU